AUAUAUAUAAACGAUUUGUAAAAAAUAAAAAAGUCAAAUAAAAACACAAAUCGUAUACCCCACAGUAAAGACGUGUUAUAAUUUUUAUUUUUAAAUUUUAUUUAGUAUUUAUCCGUUAGUUUUUGGAAGCAAGCGGACUGUACAGGAACGACAAAGCUCCGGUCAAUGAGAGGGGGGUGUCUGGGAAUUGUAGUUUUUGCUUUUCCUUAAAAAAAAAAAAGAAAAAACUCGAUCGCACGUGGUCCACCGUUAUUUUAACAGUUCGGAGCAACGCCGGCAUUAAAACGCUUCUAUGCUAAAUCUAAUAUCUGCUUCUAUACACUACGUAGCGAUUGCUUUAUAUAAAAAAAAAACAAGUAGGAUUUGUAUGCGUUGUGUGGGCUUGGUGGAACUACAGUUCCCAGCAUCCCCCGGGGGGCCAGCUGGUUCCCGAUACCCGCAACGUCAUCAGGGAGGUAUAAAUGGCAGAGUAACAUUCCAGCCCGUAUUGUUACUUUGGUAACGCCGGGGCAGCUGGAGGGGGUCGGGGUGCCGGUCUGCGGUCGAGGAGUGUGUCAUCAUUUCAUUUGUGUGUGUGUGUUUUGUAACUAAAUAUAUAUAAAAAGCGAAUUAUUACAAGAGUGAACGUGGCGUGGAGAAAUAUAUAUAUAUAUAUAUAUAUAUGUGUGUAUUUUUUAACCCAAGAAUUCCCGUAUCUGCGGAACUCGACUCGGAGGAUUUUUCAUUUUCUCAGGAACGUCAAAGGACUCGGACUGAAAUCAAGGAUUCGUUGCACUUUUUAGAUUUUUUUUUCUUCUUUUUUUUAACUAAUAAAUAUAUAAAUACACCCCACCCACCCCCUAGCUCUCUCCGGUCUGCCCCGGAUCAUAUAACAUUAUUAUUAUUAUUAUUAUUAUUAUUAUUGUCGUCAUUAGUGUUAUUAAAAAAUAAUUGAAUCCUACAACGUGGUGUUUUAAUCGCGUAUUUAAUUUAGUUUUUCUUGUAAUUUACUUGACGUUUACAGUACUGUACUUUUUUAUUUUAAUCAAAAGACCGGUUUAUUUUAUAUGUAAUAUAUAUAUAAUAUAUAUUAUAUGCGUUUGUAAAGCGGUCCACAGCAAUAGGACUCGCCCUGUUAGAAACGCCAUUCUCAGAAAACAGAAAUCCCCACAAACACAAACCAACACUGGAACUAAAUAAAACAACGGGACCGACGCGGGGCGGAACGGAUCUCACAGCCGCCGAGUCGGACGGGAGGCAACUGAUGUGGAGAAAUUCCAAUAAAUAGAAAACGAAACUGUGUCUGUGCCUGCUUCAAUAUCCGUGCUGCUAGAGCUGGAAACAUACAUGCAGGUGGCCGAUGGCGGUGCUGGGCUGUGCGGGGCUCAAGCGGAGGUUCGAGGAGGUGGACAGCGAGUCUCCCUACUCCUCCCCCAAGGACUCCGACGAUGAGGUGUCGAGCAGCGAGAGCGCGGACAGCUGCGACAGCGUCAACCUGCCCUGCAGCGCGCAGUUCACCCCCACCUCGAUCCUGCGUGGUCACAGAGGCUCCUCUCGGAAGCGGGUUCGCUUCGACGCAGUCACAGUGUUCUACUUCUCCAGGCGGCAGGGCUUCACCAGCGUGCCCAGCCAGGGGGGCAGCUCCCUGGGCAUGGCGCGGCACCACUGCGCCAUCCGCCGCUACACGCUGGGGGAGUUCGCCCGCGAGCAGGAGAGCAGCCACCGGCAGGCCCUGCGCCAGCACCUCCGACACGAGAAGCUCCGCGCCAGGAAGAUGAAGCUGACUCAGAACGGUGCAGUGCUGUGCCCGGCCGCGGAGAGCCUCACUCUGGAGGACGUGUCGGACGAGGAGCUGGACGUGGAGGGGCUGGAGGUGGACGACUGCUUCUUCCUGCAGCCGCUGCCCACCAAGCGGCGCCGGGCCCUGCUGCGCGCCUCGGGGAUCUCGCGCAUCGACGGGGAGGAGAAGAGCGAGCUGCGCGCCAUCCGGCUCUCCCGCGAGGAGUGUGGCUGCGACUGCCGGCUCCACUGUGACCCGCAGCACUGCCGCUGCAGCCAGGCCGGGAUCAAGUGCCAGGUGGAUCGCAUGUCGUUCCCGUGUGGCUGUUCCCGGGACGGCUGUGGGAACGUGGCGGGGCGCAUCGAGUUCAACCCGGCGCGGGUCCGAUCUCACUACCUGCACACCCUCCUGAAGCUGGAGCAGCUGGAGAGGAAGAGGCAGCCCCCCGCGCCCCCCCACCCCCCCGAACCCGAGCCCGACAGCCUGGACCGCGAGAACGAGACGGCCGUGCUGCACCUGCAGAGCGCCGAGGAGCUGGAACGCAGGAGAGAGGAGGAGGAGGAGGGAGGGGACAGCCCGGGAAUGUGCCUCCUGGGGCAGGGGGAGGAGGAGGGGGUGAUCCUGCAAGGGGAGCUGCUUCCGGGGGUGCUGUGCUUCACCGAGAGCCCCGACGAGGAGCAGCUUCAACAGCAGCAGCCCCAGAAGGAGCUGCUGUUCUACCAGAUUGAGCCCAGCCCAGUCCUGGAGCUCCGCACUGCUGAGGCAGCCCCUAAAGAGGGGGGUUGUGGAGGAGCGGCACUGGGGGUGCACUGCGGGGCUCCUUCGGACGCGCUACGAGGGUUUGGGGAGCCCCCUGGUGACAACGCUGCCCCCUCCGGGAUCGGGAGCGCCCAGCCGCCCAGCGACGCUGAGGGUUCCUCGUCCGGGGGUGACCAGGGGCUGCCCUCGGAGACCGCCUGCCUGGUCCCCGGCAACGCCUUCGAAGAGGGGAGCGACGGCUCCAUGCUGCCCCUCGACACUUGAUUCAUUGUUAGAGCGCAGAUGUUUUGCACAAUAGCCUAUAGAAAAGCUUCUUGCCUAAAAAAUAAUAAUAAUAAUAAUAUUAAUAAUAAUAAUAAUAAUAAUAAUAAUAAUAAUAAUAAUGACAAUAGUAAUAGUCAUAAUAUAUUUUUUUUAUUUUUUUUUUGAGGUUGGGUUUUAGGAUGAGGUAACGGAACAAGAUACAAACUAGAAAAAGUGUCUGGCUUCUUCAGAGUGGACUGCCAUUACUGGCAAUACGGUUGAGGUAUAUAUGAUAAUAAUAAUAUAUAGUACAGAUAAUUCAAAAGCAGCAAACAUAGCUUCCUACUUUGCUGUACACACAGACACACAGAAAUAUACAGGAGUAUAGAGCUAGCGUUAUGAAGAUCAUAUAUGUAUUAUAAAUAUCCAUAAUAUAUAGGUUUGAAAGGACCUGUAACUGCAGUGUAAAAAAAUGAAAAGGUUAUUUAUUAUGUUCACAAAAGGCAAGUGAUUUGAUAUGAGUAGAUUUAGCAUUAAAAUGCACAUCUGGCUGCCAAAACACUGUGCAAUAAUUUGAAUGCAGCACUACUGCAAUACCUCCAGUACUUGCAGCAUGACUUCACAGUACUACAAGGGCGUGUGCCCAGCGUGGUGCAUCCCAGUGAAUUGCAGUAACACUGCAGGGGCGGGGUUUGAGGGUUAGGGCAGUGUAGUGACCUCAGAGCAGUUCUGGUAGAGCCAACUGGAUCUGCCACAGAAAGGGGUUCAGAGUGCAUUAGCAGCGGUGUUUGCCAACUGCUCCUAAUACCAUUUUCAACCACCAGGUGUCACUCUUGGGACAUUCUGGGUGUUGCUUAACCCCUUAAAUAACAAAUUAAUUUCUUACAAAAAGAAAUCAAUUUAAACUCCAUCUGUAUUUAUUUAUGUAAUCUGAUGCAUUACACAUAGCCUUAACUAGAGUAAGUUAUCAUAACACAUAUAGUUAAAGAGAAUAUUAAAAUAACAAUAGAUGCCAGUUAAAAAUGCUAAAAAAAACUACAACGUAGCCUAAAAUGGGUAAAACCCACAAAACAUUAUUAUUAUUAUUAUUAUUAUUAUUAUUGUUAUUAUUAUUAUUGUUGUUGUUGAUGUAUAGUUUUUAUUAUGAAUAAUGUAUGGCACAUCAUGGACCAAGUGCUCUCUCUCCUGUCUGUGUUUUGAAGUGUCAUUUAUUUUGAAAUGACACAACCAGUUUUGUCCUUUGCAAAGGCGCUGUUUCUAGGGUUACAUUCAACCUUAAUUCUGUUUUUAUCUGGUAGUUUCUUGUGAUGAAGGAAAAAAAAACAAAACAGCUGUUCUUUUCUCUGCUUUUUAUUAUUGAUGUUAUUAUAAUUUUGUACUGUAUUAUAUUCUAAUAAUAAUCAUAAAUGUGUGUGUUGUAAACAGGGCUGUAGCUGCCAGAUAGCCUGGGUCAGACCAUCAGGGGCUAAUACAAAGGGGUGCCAAAUCAUUUACAAUAGCUUGACCCAAGGCUCCAGGUCAAAUUCUGGAGGACAGCUCCCCCCGAUUCUUACUCCAGUGGACCAGUCCAGUCCUAGUCUGAGUGUUCUGUUUCCAUUGCCCACUAUUACACCACAUAUACAAGCAUUAUAUGAUAUACUAUAUUGAUGAAAAUGAAUAAGGUGCACAGAUUUGAGUGUCCGUUCUUACAACAGAGACUCCCAUUGCAGAGCCACUCCGUGUUUUACUGCGAGCUGGUAAAGGCCACCCUGAUCUUUCAAUCUCUGAGAUGGGUCUAAUCUCAAACUGAUAGUAAAACCUGGACCGGCUCUGUCUGUUCUGAAAUGGGAGUCUCCCUGCCUUCCCUGUCUCCAGUUUGUCUUGUUCGUUUCCUCGAGGUCCAAUCCAGCUUUGAAUUAGACUGCACAUGAAAUAUUUGAAGCCAUGUGUUAAGGGUGAGCUUCAGUAGAUAGUAUUAUGGAAAUGGCAUUAGCUUACUGUUUAAGUACAUUGUGUAGUUAUGUGUUUGUCUGCAACAGUGUACUAAAAACUGGAUGGCUUUUAAACUCCCAUAAAGAAAGGAGAUUAAAAUGUACAAGCAUUUCUCUCUGAAAGUCUGCAUUAGGAGUCUCCAUUUCUGUUCAAGCCUAGGGCAGGUAACAGGCGUUCAAAAAGUGAAGGACAAUUUAAACUGUGAUGACUUUUUUCGUGUGUUAAUAAUAAUAAUAAUAAUAUAUGUAUAUUUUUUAAUUAUUAAUAUUAAGAAUUCUAAGAAGCUGCUUGUUUUUUUGUCUAAGGCGAUCCCAUGUUUUUUUGUUUUUUAAGGGAGUCUUUAUACUGAAUCCCUGUUGUAGGGCUGUGUGAGCUGUUCUGUGUUCUCAAGGAACUUGUUUGUGUGUAACUAACAAUGAGGCUUGCGCUGUCUGUUUUUGCAUUACAGCAAUGCUGCUGGCAAGGUAGAAUCGCAAACCCUGUGUUAUUUUCUUUCUUUCAAACUGCACAAGAGGGGUCAGAAACACAAAUAAACUUCAAGAAUGCUGUAUGAUUGAAUGUUAUUAUUAAUAAUAAUAAUAAUAAUAAUAAUAAUAAUAAUAAUAAUAAUAAUAAUAAUAAUAAUAAUAAUAAUGAUGAUGAUGAUGAUAAUAAAAUGACAAAGCAUGGCAUGCAAUCUGUCCAGCCUGGAGAGUUUAAGACAAAUGCAUAAAUACUAAUUAAAAAUACCUGCACACACACACACACACACACACACACACACACAUACACACACACACACACACACACACACACACACAUAUAUACAGCAGUGUGAAAAUAUAUCAGAGCACCUCCUUGCUUCUGUAGUUUUGAUUUGUUGGGCGUAUGAAAAUCAAACCACUGGAACUGAAAAUCUUGGAAAAUGGUAAAAAUAUAUAUAUGCAAAUUAGUGAUUGUCCAGUAGUGUAAUUGAUAACUUUAAUUGGCCAUGCAUGUAAUUAACUUAAAAUAAUAAGAGAAAGGGAACACGUAGCCACAAAUGAGGGGGGAAAAUGCACGAGACUUUUUAGAAGUUGUUUAAUGGAAAUUCUCACGCCCAGAGGUUUGCAUGCAGGCAGGUAUAGGAAGGAUGUAAAUGACAAAUCUGGAGGUGUUCUGAUAAAUGUGCACGCUGCUGUGUGGGUGCGUGGGUGCGUGGGUGCGUGCGUGGGUGGGUAAAUGUAAAUAGUUGAGCAGGUUGGUGGAGAGAUGAAAGGAGAGGAGACGGCAGCGUGUGUACUGUACUGUGAAGUUAAACAGAGAGAAGGCGCUCAGUUACUGAAUCACUAAUUUCACUAACCGCGGCUCAUUAAAGCGAUACAGAACCCUUAAAAAAAAAAAAAA